AUUUGAACGCGGGCAGUUAGUAGCUGUGUUUCUGUGACAGAUGACAGCGGUGCUCUGUUGUCACACUGAAAGGCCCCUUACGGCGUACGUAUCUGUGAAGUGAUCUAGCUGCUGUUAUCCGUGGCAAGGAGACUUGCAAGCUGAAAUUCACAAUUUGGGUAUGGGAUUUUAGGAAACAGGAUGUAUUUCUGCCCUGCGGGAUGCACCUUAAAGGUAGUCGGUGCUGUGCUGACCCUCGUGUUGCUUGCAGUGCUCAGCAGCGCAGAUAACGCCUUGCCAGGGAGAGCUCAUUUCUUUGGUGCUUGAUCUUUGGUCUGUUAACGUCCCAGGGUAAACAUUCAAGGGAAACUGGAUCUGUUUGUGAUACGGGCGCGUGGCCUGGCUUGGCACCAAGGGGAGCCCUCCUCUGGGUGUUAGGAGCAGGUGACAUUUCACGGGAUCCUGCUGGAAAAAAAAAAAUGGACUCAGGGUUUUGGGAGCUUUGGAUAUUAUUAGUGUGAAGCCAGAGUUAUGUCGAGGUGGGGGAAUGAUGGCAACAGAGAGCUAGCUUUCUAAGCAAGACUGUGUUUGGUCGAAGGUGUUUGCAGGAAUAGCUGACGUUUCUGCUCGCAGCGUAUCCCAAGUGUAGAUUAAUGCUCAGUGAAGGCUCUAAGAAAUCCACUUCUAGGGCGUCGUGGUCUUGGAGUCACUCUGAAAGCACGGUGAGAUGGGCUAACAGCAUUCCUGGGUCUGUGAGUGAGAGUAGAGGGGAAAAAAGACACCUUAGGAAGGGCAACGUGCUGAGAGUUGUAAGAAGCCAACUUCAGUGACAAAUGGCAGGGGAGAGCGGCGAGAGCGUAAUUGUUGGAGUCACUUCCAACAAUCAAAGGAGAGCUCCUAAGUUCAGAUUUCACCCCGGGUGACUUCAGGACAGAAUGCUCACACCUUUAGCACGCUUGGCAGCCAUUGCCUUGCUCAGGGGCCUGGUGCUGCCCUGCUGCUUUUGGGGAGGGGAGCAGGGAGCGGUGUUGACCACGCGGUUUUCGGGUUUGGCAGCGAUCUUCCUUUCUCCCACUUCUUUCACUUUUCUCUCGUCUUGGCAGUGGUGGUCCAUUCAGCUCCUGCAAAAUGACUGGUGUCUUUCCCUGGAAUGUGACUCAUCCUCUAGGGAAUUCCUGAAGCAGUGAGUCAAGUUAUUGGGAAAACUUUGCCCACUAGCGUGAAAUAGGAAGCCAGGGAGCCUGUGGCAUCGUAGAAAGGCAGUUCUUUUUCAGUGCGGCUGGAGUUGGCCUUUCUUUCUAAAGAUGGUCGCUUCAAGAUGAGCCGCAGCAGGGAAACGUCACUGAAUUUGUUUAUUUUCACCUUGAAACACGCUGUUCCUGACUUUCUCCUCCUGUUUUACGAGGUGGCCGAUCUCAUAAGCAUUCCAGAUGAAUGGAGGAAAGCUGACAGAUAUGGAAUUGUCAGGAUUGCGGUGGAAAAUAGCUUGCUUAAGGAAACAAGGCUGGCAGAUAAGCCUCACUCGAUUGCAUCUGAUGCAUUCCUUUGCCACUUACCACUUCACCUUGCCCUUGCUGAAUUAACCCAGCUCUGGUUGGUUUUCCAAUGUGCAAAUGAACCGUCGUGUCGUUUGCAACCACGAAUUAACAAAUUUGGAAUGCAGCCGUGACAACAAAACCUGCAGAACUUCAAUCCCCGCUGUUGGUUGGCUCCAGGAAAAAUUAACUAUUGUAACUCAUCUGCAAGCAUGGUUUGGCCACGGUUGUGCUUGCAUUGCCUGCAAAGGCUGGAGGUGCUUGCUGUGCCUACAGGCCUGUGUAGGCUCUUCCAGCGAUAAUUUCCAGCAUCCUUUUUCUUUCCCCUUGAAGCCAAGCUUCUCUCGUCACUGGUUGCCUGCUAUUAAACAUUAGCAGGCUUUAUUACCCUGUAGAACAGCAAGUUCUAUUUGAAAUACAAAAUUAGUUUCACUUUUUAAUACUUCUUUUUUUCCCCCUAGCAACUUGGUCAUUAUUUUUGCUCAAGCUUGGAAUUGUCAGUAAGCUCAGAUUGUGGGCUUUGCUAGCACAAAAUGUAGGUGGUUGCAGAUAUGUCGCCAUUGAUACACCGAUUGGGUGUUGUUUUUAACUAAAUUAAUGUCAGCAGACUCAGAUUGUGCUCCUUCUAUGCUCCUAGGCUUUCAGUAGAGUGGCUCAUCUUUAGGUGAGGCCGUCUGUUGGCUUCUGUUGUUUCUUGACCAGUUAUGAAGACUUAAUUCGCUGACACAUCUGAAGUUUGGAGGUAAACUGUGUUCCUGCUGAUGUUCAGGGCAAGAACCUUGGUGAUCCUGGGGCCAUGGGGUGAGGCUGCUUUCACCUUAUCCUCCCUUAGGGGAGCCUGGGGGCUGUGGUCCCAGGAACAGGCUCUGAACCGACACCAGCAGACAGGAGGAUUGCAGUUCAUAGAGUCAUGAAGGUUGGGAAAGAUCUCUUAAGAUCAUCAGGUCCAACCUCAACCAUGCCCACACCCCGCGUCCCUCGGUGCCACCUUCUACAUUUUGUGUCUUUGUGUCCUGGUCCAACCUCCUCAUGUCAGUUGUGUACGGGUGACACUGUCACUGUAGUGUGGUGGCCUUGUGGUGAGGGAGCUGCGUCUGAAGUGUGCCAAGCCCCAGGAGGAUCUCUGAACCUUUCCUUUCUCUAACCUCGUGGCUUAGUCUCGCGGCUCUGGCGCUGCUUCUCACUUGAUUUCCUUCUCCUUGGAAAACCGAGUGCAAAGGAGAAUCAAAAUCUGCUGCUGCUUGGAAGAGCUCGUCCUCCUUUGGUGUACCAUGUAGUUUGCCUUCCUGUUCCAACGUGAGCCUCUGCUCGACCUCUCGUGUGCCUUGUUGUGAGAUGCUCUGAGAUCUUCCCAUCCAGGGAAGGCACUUGCUGAAGGUCCAGAUGUUUUUUCUCUCUGCUGUCCGUGGCUUAUUCCUGCCGUUCUUUGCUAAUGGUUGUUAGGGGUAAGCUGUGCAGGGGAGUCGUACGGCAACGGCUCUUGUGCUGAGUUCUGCAGGAGGUGCAGGACUGCCCGCAUGCGUGCAGACAGCCAAGCAAACACCUUCUGGCCAACUUCGAAACGCUCUGCGAGGAUGAAACCACGGUGCCCGCUUCUCCCAGCAAGCAAAGAACAAUUCCCAUAUUGUGAGAAUCCGAGCUCAGAAAGCGGAAGAGCUCCGCUUAAGGCCUUUAAAAAGAGCUGGCCAAGGACCAGUAAAAUUCGUUCCAAGUUCUGAUCGAUGAUUUCCAUCAAGUACAGUAAGUGCUUAUGGAAAGGCGUGCUCAAUGGGAGCGAGAAGCUUUUGGAAGCUGCAGGGGUGAUGACCCAGGCCUGCGUUGCUCAUGGGGCGUGCUUGUGAGGUUCAGGUUGGGGUGAGCUGCUGGGGCUGGAGGUGCUGCAUUUCAAGGGGAAGGGUUUGCGUUUUAUGAAGCAGCAGCACGCAUCUAAGGGUCAGGAGCUGUAUGGUUCAUCAUGCUGAAUGUCACUUUUGGUCACCUGAAUUCGACAGACGUGGUUAUUGUACGAUGCCUUUUGAGUUUGGUAUAACAAGUACGAUUUGGCAUCUGCAAGAGACACAGAGAGCUUCACGAGCUGUGAGAAGGUGAAGAAAUGCCUGCGUGCUUAACAAGGGACAGAACAUGGUUCUGCUGUGGUGAGGAGACAGGGAAAGUUGUAUGGCACUGGGGGGGGAAGCGCUCACAACUGCAAUCCUGAGUGGUGGCAUUCCAGGUGAUGUACCCAGCGUGGAGGAUCCAGUUUUUGACAUGGGGUUGGCCUCGCGUCCUCUGCUUUGCGGGACUAGCAAGCGAGCCAUGGGAGGCUGAGCAGCUCCAGGAGGACGAUGUGGGGCGGUCGAGGUGGGGAUGCAGCACUGUGGAUGCAGAGGGCUCCCAGGAAGGCAGCGUGGGCACGGAUCCCAAAGCCAGCCCUGCUGGGGGGGUGGGUCGGUGUGGGUGGGCUCCUGCGGUACGAGAUGUGCGCGGAGCCCUUUUCCUUUGGCCGUGUUCUGCUUGUUCUUGUGUACCUUCUUCUGAGGCUAAUGUCAGACGUGAUGGGAUGUUGGAUUAGGCUAAAUCUCUGAGGUUUAGCUGGAAUGUUGUCUCGCUGUAGCAUUUUUCUCCCUUGCUCUUUUCUCUAAGCCUUCCCUUACAGACAGCUAAUUCUCCCCUUCCCCCACAUCCUGUCGGACCCCAGAGCAUGUCACAAGGAAUUAGCGGCUGAAAAGGCCAGCGGAGGCUGCUCCUCUGGAACAGGCUCUCCUUUCUGAGCCCGGGCUGGCCCCUCUGUGUGCCCGCUUUGUGUCCCGGCCAGCUCCCCUCCCCCUGGCCAUUCAGUGCAUGCCAGAGCUGAGGCCGGGCCCCGGCACCUUCCCAGCACCGCUGCCCCGUGCCAUCUGCCGGGGCCCAAGGGCUUCCUGCAGAGCCAGAGAUGUGCCACGGGUGGAGACCAGCCUUCCCUUCCCUUCUCUUCCCUCCCAUCUCCGUGCCACUGGCGGUGUCGCCCGCUUUCGCUCCAGCUCCUUCCCACAAUCCGCACACAAUCUCCUUAGAAUAGAGAUGAUGUCACUUCCUUCCAGAGGGUGUCGGGGGUGUGGAAGGGGGAGUCACGACCCCUGGCUUGGUGGCUCUCGCAGGAUAAAUGAGGUGGCUGCCCGGGAGGGAGGGAGUUGCUCCGAGGACCAUGCCCAGCUCUGUCUGCGGGCAGGCGCUGUGCCGUGCUCCCCUUGGCUGGCUGGGUUUUUCAGUGACUGCAAGAAGAAUUGGCUGUUCCCUCCUUCGCUCGUGAUGCCAGUCUCCGUGGAUCUGCACUUUCCCUGCAACGUCCUUAUAGGAGAGAAGAAUCCCCAACGGCUAGACCACAGGCCAUGGCCAGCGUGAGCACAAAGGAGAUGCGGAGCUGGCAGGAUUCUUCUGUGCAACUUGUGGCUGAGUGAGAGAUCACCUAGGAGUUUGCUCCCUCGGCUGAGGUGAGCGUCGUGCCCGCUGAACUUUCUGAGACCCGCUAGCCAUGCCAGGGAUUGUCGUGUUCCGCCGUCGCUGGUCUGUGGGCAGCGAUGACCUCGUUUUGCCAGCAGUCUUCCUCUUCCUCCUGCAUACCACCUGGUUUGUGAUCCUCUCGGUGGUGCUCUUCGGGCUGGUGUACAACCCCAAUGAGACCUGCUCGCUGAACCUGGUGGACCACGGCAGAGGCUACCUGGGCAUCCUGCUCAGCUGUAUGAUCGCAGAGAUGGCAAUCAUCUGGCUCAGCAUGCGAGGCAGCAUCCUGUACACCGAGCCCCGAGACUCCAUGCAGUAUGUGCUCUAUGUCAGACUGGCUAUCUUGGUGAUUGAGUUUGUGUACGCUAUUGUGGGCAUCGUUUGGCUAACGCAGUACUACACUUCCUGCAAUGAUAUCACCGCAAAGAGCGUCACUUUGGGAAUGGUGGUGUGCAACUGGGUUGUCAUCCUGAGUGUCUGCAUCACUGUCCUAUGCGUCUUCGACCCGACAGGCCGGACCUUUGUCAAACUGCGUGCCACGAAGCGGAGGCAGCGCAACCUGAGGACGUACAACCUGCGACACCGCCUGGAGGAAGGGCAGGCCAGCAGCUGGACGCGCCGCCUCAAGGUUUUUCUUUGCUGCACACGGACAAAGGACUCUCAGUCGGACGCCUACUCCGAAAUCGCCUACCUGUUCGCCGAGUUUUUCCGAGACCUUGACAUCGUCCCAUCUGACAUCAUUGCAGGCCUGGUUCUUCUGCGCCAGCGGCAGCGGGCCAAGCGCAGCGCCGUGCUGGAUGAGGCAAACAAUGACAUCUUAGCUUUUCUGUCUGGGAUGCCAGUGACCAGGAACACCAAGUAUCUGGAUCUGAAAAAUGCGCAAGAGAUGCAGCGAUACAAAGAGGUGUGUUACUACAUGCUGUUUGCCCUGGCUGCCUAUGGCUGGCCCAUAUACCUGAUGAGGAAGCCCACAUGUGGACUCUGUCACCUGGCCAGAUCCUGCUCGUGUUGCUGUCUCUGUCCUUCACGUCCCCGCUACGCACCCGGCGUCACCAUCGAAGAGGAUAAUUGCUGUGGCUGCAAUGCCAUUGCCAUUCGGCGCCACUUCUUGGAUGAGAACAUGACCUCGGUGGACAUUGUUUAUACUUCUUGCCACGAUGCGGUUUAUGAAACUCCUUUUUACGUGGCUGUGGACCACGAUAAGAAGAAGGUGGUCAUUAGCAUCCGAGGAACUCUGUCUCCCAAAGAUGCCCUGACCGACCUGACUGGGGACGCAGAGCGCCUUCCAGUGGAGGGUCACCAUGGAACGUGGCUGGGACACAAGGGCAUGGUGCUGUCCGCUGAGUACAUCAAGAAGAAACUGGAGCAAGAGAUGGUGCUUUCUCAAGCCUUUGGGCGAGACUUGGGGAGAGGAACAAAACACUAUGGCCUGAUUGUGGUUGGCCAUUCCCUAGGGGCUGGCACAGCUGCCAUCCUGUCCUUCCUCUUGCGUCCGCAGUACCCGUCACUGAAGUGCUUUGCUUAUUCUCCCCCAGGUGGGCUGCUGAGUGAGGAUGCCAUGGAAUAUUCAAAAGAGUUUGUGACUGCAGUCGUGCUUGGCAAAGAUCUAGUGCCCAGAAUUGGUCUCUCUCAGCUGGAGGGAUUUCGCCGGCAGCUUCUGGAUGUUCUUCAGCGAAGUAACAAACCAAAGUGGCGGAUCAUUGUGGGUGCUACCAAGUGCAUCCCCAAGUCGGAGCUUCCUGAAGAGACAGAAGAGAACUCGGUCACGAGCAACCGCCUCUGGACCCACCCCAGUGACCUGACCAUUGCCCUGUCCGCCAGCACGCCGCUCUACCCGCCCGGCCGCAUCAUCCACGUGGUGCACAACCACCCUGCAGAGCAGUGCUGUUGCUGUGAGCAAGAGGAUCCCACUUACUUUGCUAUCUGGGGCGACAACAAGGCGUUUAAUGAAGUGAUCAUCUCACCGGCCAUGUUGCACGAGCACCUCCCGUAUGUGGUCAUGGAAGGGCUCAACAAGGUCUUAGAGAAUUACAACAAGGGGAAAACAGCUUUACUUUCUGCAGCCAAAGUGAUGGUGAGCCCUACAGAAGUGGAUCUCACUCCAGAGUUGAUCUUCCAGAGCCAGCCCUUGCCUAGUGGACCCUCUGUGCAGAUUGGAACUGGAGCCGUAACAGUGGACAGAAGGAACAGCAGUACAAAGAGCAAGUCCCAUUCUGAAAUCAGCUUGGAGGGGUUUUACGAGACAAAGCCGCUUUCUCCUGUGCAGAAAGACCCCGUGGAGCUGCUGCUCCUGGACACAAAGGAACGCCUGUCCGUGGAGCUGCAGGACCGCCGUGCCCCUCUCGCGACCAUGGAGAGCCUCUCCGACAACGAAUCCAUCUACAGCUUCGAUUCGAGGCGCUCCUCCGGUUUCCGGAGUAUCCGAGGCUCCCCCAGCCUCCAUGCUGUCAUGGAGAAGGAUGAGACGCACUGCUUUUACAUAGACCCCGCUAUCCCCGAGGAGAAUCCCUCCCUCAGCUCGCGGACAGAGCUGCUGGCUGCUGACAGCCUCUCCAAGCACUCCCAGGAGACUCAGGCUCCCGACAACGCGCUCAACAGCGGCGGCACCACCCCUCAGCGACGCUGCAGCGAGGAGGGGGCCGGCAGCGAGGGGGAGCGCGUUUCCUUAGCCCCCCGUGAGGAGCUGUCCCUCCAGAAUGGGCGGCUCACGGAUGUCCCCAGUCCUCAGGUGCUGGAAUUUGCUGAGUUCAUAGACAGCCUCUUUAAUUUGGACAGCAAAAGCAGCUCCUUCCAGGACAUCUACUGCAUGAUGGUAUCAGAUAGCUCCAGUGACUUUGCGGAGAUGCCCAAGUCUGUUAGCGAUCAGGAGAUCCUGUUGAGGGCGCAGUAUGAGCCCAACCUAGUCCCAAAGCCCCCGAGGUUGUUUGCAGGCUCAACAGAUCCUUCGUCGGGCAUCUCUGUCUCACCUUCCUUCCCUCUUAGUUCAUCCGGAGAACUCAUGGACAUCUCUCCCACGGGCGUGAGCAGCCAGGAGUGCCUGGCCACUGACAAAAUCCGGACUUCCACCCCCUCUGGGCACGUAACCAGCCCUGCCAAGCAGGAGGACCUCAUGAUUUCGGCCCUCUAGUGCAGGGCGAAGGGGUGCGGCUCUGAGAGCUGAUCCCGUAGAGGCUGAGUGCUGGGAUAAUACUCGGAGAGGAGGUGGUUGGAAUUGGUGGAGGCAGCUGGAAGCAUUCCUUCUGGGGUGACACAGCGGCGGCACGCCGUCUGGAGGAUGGAUUGUGCUCGUGUACCAUGCUUACGGCUGGGAGAAAAGAAGCAUUGCCUCACAAGGCCUGCUACACUAAGAGGGUCUGAGUCACUAAAGGUAGUUGCAAGUUCCCUACCUCAGCCUGUCUCAUUUCGUGUAAGAGGCAGACUCCUUGCCCCAGGGCACCUGCUGAGUUUGGGAGUGAGAUACCUUGCUCCAGGGAAUUCUCGAGGGCGAAGGGGUAGAUUCUCUGCAGUUUGAGAGUUGGAUAGACAGAAGCAAGGGGGGCAGGCCAGAUCCCCCCCCCCACCCCCUCCCUCCCUUGGUACCAUUUCAGUGGUUUUGGAAAUGAACGGAUUGAGACUUUGGGCCCUGUUGCACUACCAUGUCGGAUCUGGCCCAAGAUCCAAUUCGUCACACUUCCAUGGGGAUUGCCUUCCUAGGACACGCUCCUCUUUUAAAGCCAUUGGGGCUGUAUUCUCCCCAAAUGCAGUCUCCCCUUCCCUGGCCAGGUGCAGCAAGAAUUGGGCUGGCACUGUGUUUUCUCUCCCCUGAGUACUUCUGUGUUCAAUGACCACCAGGCUGCUCCAGAGAGGAACGGAAACUGCUCUGAAGAGCCCAUAGCCCUCUGCCACGUCCCUCCUUCACCAGAAAAAGUUCUCCUGGACAUCACCGUCGCCACUCAGCGCCCUGGACUGCUCUGAGCUGGCGAUGCUCCUGCAGGACUGACAGCAUUCUCAUCUCAGAGCUGCACGGAUAGAUCUACUUAAAGAUACAGAUGGCUUGUCUACACCCAGCGUUGUUUCCUAGGCACCCGCGGAGCCUGGGAUCCCCUCCUGGACCCUGCCGGGUCCUCCCGCUACCCAUAUGCAGUAAUCACAGAUCAGUUGCCAGCCACUGUCAUUGGGAGUUCAGGGAAAAGACGAACUUUUACUAAGUAUUGAAAUCUCUCGUAUGUUUACAAAGCUGCUAAGCUUUUUGAAAGGUAUUUAUUAAGCAAACGGGCAGGCUUGUCUCUAGGCAAAAAAUACAUUCGUUCUCUCCUCCCUGCGCCGUCCCCUCUGGAGGCUGAGGGGAGGGAGUCCCCUGCUUUAGAAGCAGGGUGGGGUGAUGGGAGAUGGCUUGGCUCAGAGCCUGGGGGAGGCUGCGUCCCUCGCCCAUUCUCCCCGUUGUACGUGGUGUUACAAAGCUCGACCGAGUCGUUAGUGAGCCGACCUAAGCGCUGCUGUGCGGAGCCUCGGUGCCCGGAGGAGCCUGCUGGAGCUCUCCGAGCGGGGCUUCUCCGUGGUGGAAGCAGGAAAGCAAUCACCUACCUAGGAAGUUAAACGUACUGUGACCUCGUGCAAUCCUUUAACUGACAGAACGUCUACGGCGGAGUUACCGGUCCGGUCUCAUUGGAGCUCUGUCCUCCCUCACUGGAAAAGAAAUCCCUCUUUUAACUUUCCUCUCGUUAACUAGGGAUGCGACUUCCCCCUCUUUAGCUGUGGUAUGACCAAUGUGGGAAGACACCGUGCUUCCCAGGAGCUUGGUUUGCGACGGCUCCUGGGCUCCCGUGUUCCCUUAGGCUCUGGCUGUGCUCACUGGAAGCCCUGAGCCAUGCUGGGCCCGAGCACGGAGAGCACAGCGGCAUCGAAUACUGUGGCAUCAGAGCAGGAGCACUUUAUAGCUGGUGUGUGUUGAUGUGAGUGACUUCAGGUGCGCAGAAAUGAGCUGGACUUUGUCCAAGUGCUGAUGCCCCGCUCGAUUUCAUGUGGGAUGCUGUAUCUCCCCCCCCCCCCCCCCGGCUCUUUUCAUCUGAUCAUCCACCAUUGCAGACCACGGGGUAAGGCUGACUUGCUGCAGAUAGUCAAGGAGCACUACAAGGGCAAUGUCCAGAAAUAGGUACGUGGGUAGUCCUAUGGGGAAAGGGAGCUGAAGCGUAGGGAGCCUGAGGCUAGCAGGCUAGCUCAGCUCCUGAUGCAGACUGCUGACAUGCACAUACAGUGGGGAAAAGGACUUCACUUCUGCCUGGAAUCGUUGGCAGAAGGUGGGUAGUAAAAACACUUAGCACUUCGGCAGAGCUUUCUAUCUGCAAAGCACUUUACAAACACUGAGGAAAGAAUCACCUCUGUCCCUGGCAGCGAGCUCUUUGGGAAUGUCUCUCUGAGACCGGGUGGAGCUACUGGUGCCCUACGUGAGGGAUGGCGAGGUGAGAAAGGUGGAUAAACCUCCCUUUUAAGAACGAGUCGUUUCACUAGCGUUGCACUAGAAAGUCACUUCUGACCUGGAUUACCUCCCUUACGUCCCGGAAAACAAUCGUGGUGUGACUGUUUCCUUCUCUGUGCCAUUGGAACUGUGUCCUUGGGGAAUGGGGUGACCUUGCCCUGACCGGGUGCAGCAGGAAACAGCCUGACAUGCUGCAUUUUUUUUUCUUUUUCUUUUUUUUUUUUUUGCUUUGUGCUCUGUGAUGAUUAGGCUUCUCUGAAAAGCCUGGAAAUGCCUCAUACUUGGGACUUGGCCUUGCCCUAAGGCCAAGGCAGCCAAGGUGCAAAGGAGCCCUUCUGGUUAACGUUCUUACUGUAUCACAUUGUGGUUGAUUCCUGUUUUCCAUUGCUCUGUCGACAGGCAGAUCUGUUCCCAGUCCCCACUGAGUAAAUUCACGUUCUUCGCAUUGUUCCUGCUUUAAA